GUGCUUGGCUUACUGGUGUGGUCUCUCAUCGCCGCCACAACGUACCACCUCCAUGCGGCAUAUGGCUGGGUGAUGUUUGUGUCCCUCUUCUUCUGGAUACUAACAGUCCUUUUCUUCGUGACUUACCUCCUGCAGCUUCAGCAGAAGUUCUACAUGAUCCCCUGGCCCCUUGUGCUGAUGAUCUUCCAUGCCACAGCAACCGUGCUGUACAUCACUGCCUUCGUCACGUGUGCGGCCGCUGUCCAGCCAACGUCCUGGCGGCAGUGGGAUUACAACCGGAGAGCUGCAGCCUCCUUCUUCGCCUGCCUCACUAUGAUCACCUACGGGGUGAGCACCUUCUUCAGCUUCCGUGCCUGGAAAGGGCUCGGCAGCAACGCGGCCACCAGCCAAGUGACUGACCACGCGUAA